AUGGCGUUAAGACGCACAUUGUCCCUCAGAUCUUUGUUCACUGCUCGCUAUUACCAACCUUCUUAUAGCUGUAUCAUUCGUCCUGAUAAUGACCACCAUGAAGACAAGCCAAAGUACCGCUCUUUUCUUCAUCAGAGAUCCUUUAGCUGCUCGGUUCUCUCUCACCAUCUAGGAAGAAGCUCUUCACAUUUGUCUCCAUUUGGUGGCGGCGAAGAGAAUCAUGUUGUUGGAACUCUUACUGAUUCAGUGCUACAAGAUGUGUCUUCGCAGACCACCGCUACAGUCAGUGAAGUUUCCGAUGCUGCUAUUGAUUGUUUUCUCCAUUUUGAUGUCGUUCAGCAGAUAAUUGACAAUGUGCAUUCAUUCACUGGAUUAAACUGGUGGGCGUCCAUUGUUCUUACCACCCUUUUGAUUCGAGGAGCGACAAUCCCACUCAUGAUUUACAACGAAAGAUUUAGGUCAAGGGUGAUGAUGCUAGGAAUAGACGCUACAGCAUAUAAGGAGAUUAAGGAUCAGGGAGGAGAUCCAGCUGCUGUUGAUAAGCAUCUGGAGAAGUUCAACAAUUUGGCGGAGGAGUAUGGUGGUUACGAUAAACUUAAACAUAAUGGUUCUCCAUUCCAUUUAGUGAGGGCUUUACUACAGCAUCUGGGAUUGAUCGGCAUGAGCGUAACAGUAAGAAACUUAAUGCUUCAUAAUCUGUUUACGCAUGUGUGCUAUCUUCCUAUUUCAUCCCUACUGAACCUUGCUUCCGGAUCUAUAACAUGA